AUGGGUCCCUGUACGGCCUCCCAUUGCUGCUGUCUCCAUCGCCACACUCUGCCAUGUGCCACUUUCAGGUCUCCUCACACUCCUGCUGGUUUCCAUUUUGUCAUAGGUUGCUGUAUGGCCUCCCAUUGCUGCUGCCUCCACCGCCACACUGUGGCUCCAAACACUGGUUUUGGCCCCGUGACUGGCCAAAUGAGUGAAGUGUGCGGUGAUUCUAAGAUCGACGGCACUCAUCUGCAUGUCAUACUGAGUGACAGUAUUAUUUCUCUUCCCCAGAGCAGACUCCAAGGGCAUUUAAAUUAAAGGUACAGUGUUCUGCACUAAUAUUA